AUGCUCGUCCGCCCUACGCCUUCGGUACUCAAACAUCCCGCUGCCUCUCCCCCGUCCUCCGAACCCCGUCGGAGCGACAGCCCUUACCGAGAAUCCUACCUACCACCCUCCGACUCGAACGAAUCCAGGAGUCAUCCUCCCCGCGAGGAACGCUUUCUCAUCCAGUACGGCUCGAAACUGCAUAGCUAUAACCGCGACAAGGCCCCGUAUCCGGCGAGCUAUAACCGCGAAGAUCUCGAGCUUGUCCUUCUCGAUUACGAGCUGAUCCGCACCGCCAAGCACGGCUCGGGUACGUUCACAGACUUCCCGGGAGGAUACCCAAAACGAUGUCUGGACCUUGGAUGCGGGAUGGGUGCCUGGACAAUCGCCGCAGCGAGAGAUUGGCCAGACUGCACGUUCGUGGGCUAUGACCUGAUGAACGUACAGAUCCCAACAUGGGUACUGGAAGAUGACAUAGCCAAACGCAUCGAGUGGAAACACGGUAACUUUCUCAGACAACGCCUGCCAUUCGAGGACGAGGAAUUCGACUUCGUGCACAUCAAUGGGCUCGCGUUCGCGGUCCCAGAGAACAAGUGGAUGUCGCUCUACGAGGAUAUCCGACGUGUGUUGAGCACAGGUGGGACCAUUGAGCAGAUUGAGGAAGACGCUAUCUUCCCCGUGCUGCCCCGAUGGUUCACGGAGCCGCUACACGCGCACAUCCGUGGGCCAGGUGCGCACUUCCCUGGCCCCGGCGGCUCUCCGCGCUUUCCCCCGCCAUUGCCGACGCUCGAGCGCUAUGAGCGCGAUGAAGAAUCCCAAGAAGAACCGCACGAGCACGCGUUCCUCGAGAGCCUCUUCCAAGACGUGUUUGAAAAUCGGUUCAUCAACCGUGUUCCGAGCUCAUGUCUGCCUAAUUACUUCUCCGCGAUCUUCGGACAGGUCAUUUCCCCGCCAGUCCUCCAGUUCCCGAUGCCCCCGCUUGCACCCCUUGCGCCUCUCCCCGCCGGGCUGGAAGGACUUCAGCUACAUCUUUCGGUCACCUCAUCUGCGUCGGAGCCUACGCGUGAGCGAGAGCCACCACGAGGGAGUUAUGAUUCUCUCCCAUCCACGGCAAAUAGCGCAACAGAUGCAUUGCAGUCCCUGCCGACCACGAGCACGCCGACGCUGGAUUCCGUCGUGAGCACGGAGCCAACGACACAUAGCGCACGCUCGUCGAUGAGCGACCUUCCUCUUAUCCAGCCAGACCAGUCUGCAGACUCGACAGAUAGUCUACACCAUAAUCCCACUCCGCAUACUAGCCCUCCGAACACCAGUCCACCGUCACACUCGAAUGCAAAUGCAGUAGCAGCCCAGGGCUCACAUGCGACUGCGCCCUUGAGCCCGAGCCCGAGCAUGAAGUCGACGCGUAGCACACGCGGAAGCAGCAGCUCGCGGCCCUCGCUCAACUCGCAACGCGACUCGCGCACCGGCGGGCCGCACCGCGACUCGUACUCCAUCUCGCACACGUCCGGGUCGAGCGCGACGGACCGGCCGAGCGUGCCCGCGGGCGACCUGCGCACGGACGGCGCGUCGCUCGGGGACCUCUUCCGCGCGCUCGGGUUCGUGCUCAGCGUGAAGGAGGCGAUGUGGGAGGAGCUGCAGGCGCGCGUGGAGAAGCCGGAGGAGGCGCGGCGGCUAAGGAAGGAGUGCGGCUGGGAGGAGGCGGACUUCGCGCAGGCCGCGUUGCGCGAGAAGUUUGAGGGGUGGGUGGAGAGGUAUCGGAGCGAUGUCCGUGCGCGAGUGUCGCUCUGGUACAGUAUGGUCCUGAACGGGUGGCAGUACCCCCGCCGGGACCCCGUCACACGGGCGGAGACGCUCGAGGAGGAGCGGCUCCGGCAGGAUAUCCUGGACGCGCGGAGACACGCGAAGGAGGAGGAUCUGAUGGGGUUCAGCCGGUCGAUCAGAGUCAUGGUAGGGACGAAGGUGCGGAUAGACAGCGUGUCAUAG